AGCCAUGCCCAUAAAACCCCACAAUCUGUUUUGUCUAUCUUUCAUCUUUUCUAGAUCAAAAACAACAAAAAAUGGCAAUAAACGGUCAAUAUAAUGUGGGUCAAUACAUUGUACCAUUCGUCUGUCUAUUGAUCAUAGCCAUGGAUCUCAGUGCAGGGAUUCUUGGUAUUCAAGCUGAGAUAGCCCAAAACAAGGUGGAAAAUCUAAGAGUGUGGAUCUUAGAGUGUCGAGAUCCAAGUUAUCAAGCAUUCAAACUAGGGUUUGCAGCCGCAGUUCUUUUGGCGUUUGCUCACGCCAUUGCAAACUUAUUUGGUGGAUGCCACAUCGUAUUGUCCAAACCAGAGCUAGACCGAGCCACCUCAAACAAACAAUUCGCCAUGGCUUCACUCAUCUUAUCAUGGAUUACAUUAAUCAUUGGGUUCGGGAUGCUAAUUGCUGGAGUCAUGGCUAACUCAAGUUCAAGAAAAUCAUGUGGAGUUUCAAACCAUCGUUAUUUGUCAAUUGGAGGCAUUGCGUGCAUCAUUCAUGGAUUGUUUGCUGUUUCUUAUUACAUUUCUGCCACUGCUGUUGAAAAAGAAGAAAAGAAGUUGAACCCACAUGGACCCACCAUGAUGAACCACCCCCCUGGACCAAUGAUGAUCCCGCCUGGACCUAUGCAUGCACCCUCGGCACCUGUUUGAAUCUUGGAUAUUUUUUAGUGCUACAUGUAAGAAAUAGCAAUGUGAUUCUAUUUAUUUGUGUUU